CGGAGGGCGGCGUGGAUUUCGGAGUCAGGGUUUCUGCCGCCUCCAGCCCUGUUUGCAUGUGCGGGGCCGCGGCGAGGAGCCUCCGCCCCCCGCCCGGUUGUUUUUCGGCGCCUCCCUCCGCGCGGUGGCGGCGGCGGCGGCGGCGGCGGCAGCAUGGCGAGCCCUCCCGAGACCGACGGCUUCUCCGACGUGCGCAAGGUGGGCUACCUGCGCAAGCCCAAGAGCAUGCACAAGCGAUUCUUCGUGCUGCGGGCGGCCAGCGAGGCUGGGGGCCCGGCGCGCCUCGAGUACUACGAGAACGAGAAGAAGUGGCGGCACAAGUCGAGCGCCCCCAAACGCUCGAUCCCCCUCGAGAGCUGCUUCAACAUCAACAAGCGGGCCGACUCCAAGAACAAGCACCUGGUGGCCCUCUAUACCCGGGACGAGCACUUUGCCAUCGCGGCGGACAGCGAGGCCGAGCAGGACAGCUGGUACCAGGCCCUCCUGCAGCUGCACAACCGUGCCAAGGGCCACCACGACGGGGCCGCGGCUCCCGGGGCGGGAGGCGGCGGGGGCAGCUGCAGUGGCAGCUCCGGCCUUGGCGAGGCUGGGGAGGACUUGAGCUACGGGGACGUGCCCCCAGGACCCGCCUUCAAGGAAGUCUGGCAGGUGAUCCUGAAACCCAAGGGCCUGGGUCAGACAAAGAACCUGAUUGGUAUCUACCGCCUCUGCCUGACCAGCAAGACCAUCAGCUUCGUGAAGCUGAACUCGGAGGCUGCCGCGGUGGUGCUGCAGCUGAUGAACAUCAGGCGCUGUGGCCACUCAGAGAACUUCUUCUUCAUCGAAGUGGGCCGUUCCGCAGUGACGGGACCCGGGGAGUUCUGGAUGCAGGUGGAUGACUCUGUGGUGGCCCAGAACAUGCACGAGACGAUCCUGGAAGCCAUGCGGGCCAUGAGCGAUGAGUUCCGCCCUCGAAGCAAGAGCCAGUCCUCCUCCAACUGCUCCAACCCCAUCAGUGUCCCCCUGCGCAGGCAUCACCUCAACAACCCUCCACCCAGCCAGGUGGGGCUGACCCGCCGCUCGCGCACAGAGAGCAUCACUGCCACCUCCCCGGCCAGCUUGGUGGGCGGGAAGCAGGGCUCCUUCCGGGUCCGCGCCUCUAGUGAUGGCGAAGGCACCAUGUCUCGCCCUGCCUCUGUGGACGGCAGUCCUGUGAGUCCCAGCACCAACAGGACCCAUGCCCACCGGCAUCGCGGCAGUUCCCGGCUGCACCCUCCUCUCAACCACAGCCGCUCCAUCCCCAUGCCUUCUUCUCGCUGCUCGCCUUCCGCCACCAGCCCGGUCAGCCUAUCGUCCAGUAGCACCAGUGGCCACGGCUCCACCUCGGACUGUCUCUUCCCACGGCGGUCUAGUGCUUCCGUGUCCGGUUCCCCCAGUGAUGGCGGUUUCAUCUCCUCUGAUGAGUAUGGCUCCAGUCCCUGCGACUUCCGAAGUUCCUUCCGCAGUGUCACCCCGGAUUCCCUGGGCCACACCCCGCCGGCCCGCGGUGAGGAGGAGCUGAGCAACUACAUCUGCAUGGGAGGCAAGGGGGCCUCCACCCUCACGGCCCCCAAUGGUCACUACAUUUUGCCUCGGAGUGGCAACGGUCCCCGCUACAUCCCGGCAGCCGGCUUGGGCACGAGCCCAGCCCUGACAGGGGAUGAAGCAGCCAGUGCUGCAGAUCUGGACAAUCGGUUCCGAAAGCGGACUCACUCUGCUGGCACGUCACCUACCAUUUCCCACCAGAAGACCCCAUCCCAGUCCUCUGUGGCCUCCAUUGAGGAAUAUACCGAGAUGAUGCCUGCCUACCCACCAGGAGGUGGCAGUGGAGGCCGAGUGCCCAGCUACCGGCACUCCGCCUUCGUGCCCACCCACUCCUACCCAGAGGAGGGUCUGGAAAUGCACCCCUUGGAGCGGCGUGUGGGCCACCACCGCCCAGACACCUCCAACCUCCACACCGAUGAUGGCUACAUGCCCAUGUCCCCAGGGGUGGCCCCAGUGCCCGGGAGCCGAAAGGGCAGUGGGGACUACAUGCCCAUGAGCCCCAAGAGCGUGUCUGCCCCUCAGCAGAUCAUCAACCCCAUCAGACGCCAUCCCCAGAGAGUGGACCCCAAUGGCUACAUGAUGAUGUCCCCAAGCGGCAGCUGCUCUCCUGACAUUGGAGGCGGGCCCAGCAGCGGCGGCAGCAGCGGUGCCGCCCCUUCUGGGAGCAGCUAUGGCAAGCUCUGGACGAAUGGGGUAGGGGGCCACCACUCUCACGCCCUGCCACACCCCAAACUCCCUGUGGAGAGCAGUAGCGGCAAGCUGUUGUCUUGUACGGGUGACUACAUGAACAUGUCGCCAGUGGGGGACUCCAACACCAGCAGCCCUUCCGACUGCUACUGUGGGCCUGAGGACCCCCAGCACAAGACAGUCCUCUCCUACUACUCAUUGCCAAGGUCCUUUAAGCACACCCAGCGCCCCGGGGAGCUGGAGGAGGGCGCCCGGCACCAGCACCUCCGCCUUUCCUCCAGCUCGGGUCGACUUCUCUAUGCUGCGGCGGCGGAAGAUUCCUCCUCGUCCACCAGCAGCGACAGCCUGGGCGGGGGAUACUGCGCGGCUAGGCCCGAGCCCGGCCUCCCGCAUCUCCACCAUCAGGUCCUGCAGCCCCAUCUGCCUCGAAAGGUGGACACAGCUGCCCAGACCAACAGCCGCCUGGCCCGGCCCACGAGGCUGUCCCUGGGGGAUCCCAAGGCCAGCACCUUACCCCGGGCCCGAGAGCAGCCGCAGCCCCAGCCGCAGCCGCCGCCGCCCCUGCUGCCCCCUCCGGAGCCCAAGAGCCCAGGGGAAUAUGUGAAUAUUGAAUUUGGGAGCGAUCAGCCGGGCUACUUAUCAGGCCCCGGGGCUUCCCACAGCUCGCCUUCUGUCCGGUGUCCAUCCCAGCUCCAGCCGGCUCCCAGAGAGGAGGAGACGGGCGCGGAAGAGUACAUGAACAUGGACCUGGGGCCGGGCCGGAGGGCCGCCUGGCGGGAGAGCGCUGGGGUCCAGCCGGGCAGCAUGGGCCCGGCACCCCCUGGAGCUGCUAGCGUGUGCAGGCCCACCAGGGCAGUGCCCAGUAGCCGGGGUGACUACAUGACCAUGCAGAUGGGCUGUCCCCGGCAGAGCUACGUGGACACCUCGCCAGUCGCCCCUAUCAGCUAUGCGGACAUGCGGACCGGCGGCGGUGGCCUCGUGGAGGAGGCCAGCCUGCCUGGGGCCGCCGCGGCCACGCCCUCCUCAUCCUCGAAGGCCUCUGCUUCCCCCGCCGCGCCUCAAGGAGCAGAGGAGCUGGCGGCCCGCUCUUCCCUGCUGGGAGGCCCGCAGGGACCCGGGGGCUCGAGUGCCUUCACGCGGGUGAACCUCAGUCCCAACCGCAACCAGAGUGCCAAAGUGAUCCGUGCCGACCCGCAAGGGUGCAGGAGGCGGCACAGCUCCGAGACCUUCUCCUCGACGCCCAGUGCCACGCGGGCAGGCAACACGGUGCCCUUCGGAGCGGGGGCUGCAGCCGGGGGCGGCGGUGGUGGCAGCAGCAGCACGGAGGACGUGAAACGCCACAGCUCUGCUUCCUUUGAGAACGUGUGGCUGCGGCCUGGGGAGCUCGGGGGAGCCCCCAAGGAGCUGGCCCAAGUGUGCGGGGCCGCCGGGGGUUUGGAGAAUGGGCUUAACUACAUAGACCUGGAUUUGGUCAAGGACUUCAACCAGAGCCCUCAAGAGCGCCCCGCUCAGCCGCAGCCUUCUCCUCCCCCGCCCCCUCAUCAGCCUCUGGGACGCAGCGAGAGCGGCUCCACCAGCCGCUCCAGCGAGGAUUUAAGCGCCUAUGCCAGCAUCAGUUUCCAGAAGCCGCCAGAGGACCUCCAGUAGCUCAACUGGACAUCACAGCAGACUGCAGUUUUCUGGAGCUUGGCCGGCCACUUUGUUUCGGGGAAGCUUAUUGCUUCACAGGGAGACCAUCUGACAGUUGUUAUCUGUCACCUGAGAGACAGAACUGCCCUCAUUGGGAGCCAGAGGCAGCGAUGAGCUGUGCUUCUCACCGACCUCCCACCUCCCCAGCCCCCGCCAUCAUCUGGGACGACCCGAGGAAGGGGACCAGUGUGACACCAAAUGUUCACAGGAGGAUGAAGAUUUCUCCACCCACCAAGGCCAGCCUCGGUCUCUCCUUGAGCCCCCGACAAAGGGGAGAACCAUCAGAGUCGUCUGUAUGGAAGUCUGUACUCUGAUCUCCUUCUCUCCUUCCAGCUCUCUCCUCUUUCUCCCCUUCCAUCAACCUUCCCUCCCUUUAUCUCUGCCACAACAGUCUGCGGGAUGGCGGUGGGGUAACGUCUCUCCAGGAGGCAAACACAAUGGCAGAUAUAACACUGAGUACAAGCCAGUGGUCCAUGCCUUCAAGGAGGCGCCCAACCACAAUAAGAAUAAAAUCCAUGCUUUUUCCCAUCAACAGCAUAGGAGGGUUUCCUUUUCUCCACACCCUCUCCAGCACUUUUUUUUUUUUCGGUACGCGGGCCUCUCACUCUUGCGGCCUCUCCCAUUGCGGAGCACAGGCUCCGGACGCGCAGGCUCAGCGGCCAUGGCUCACGGGCCCAGCCGCUCCGCGGCAUGUGGGAUCUUCCCGGACCGCGGCAGCAACCCGUGUCCGCGGCAUCGGCAGGCAGACUCUCAACCACUGCGCCACCAGGGAAGCCCUCCAGCAUUUAUUGUUUGUAGAUUUUUUGAUGAUGGCCGUUCUGAUGGGUGUGAGGUGAUACCUCAUUGUAGUUUUGAUUUGCGUUGCUCUGACAGUUAGUGAUGUUGAGCAUCUUUUCAUGUACUUUGUAAUAUGGGAAAAGAGGCUAAAAAAGAGUGAAUAAAUAUAGAUGUAUAACAGAUUCACUUUGCUGUACACCUGAAACGGACACAACAUUAUAAUAAAUCAACUAUACCCCCCCAAAUUUUUUUUAAAAGUUCACAAAGUGUAUCAACAGUGCAAAAAUAAAAAUGGAUAUAAUGAAGAAAAAUAAAAACUCCUUGCCCUUCAUCAGAGCCAGCAAUGACCCUUCAUCAGAGCCAGCAAUGACCGGCCCCUGCCAUCUCUUCACAUUUACCCCCUACCAUGUCUUCCAUGGGUCACCCUGCUGUCAGCUCAUUCUCACCCAGAGCCUCCACACUGAUCCGUCCCCUCCUCCCGAAAUGCUCUGGCUUUAGCACUUCUCAUAGGUGCUUCCCUCUUAUCCUGGUUUUAGCCCAAACGCUCCCUUCCCAGAGAACCCUUUGUCUCCCAAAACCUCUAUCGCUCUCUUGCAUAUUUUUUUUAGUUUUUUCACAGAACUAAUCUUCAUCUGAAACUCUCUCUGUGUUUAUUUGUUUGUUUGUUUACUUUCUGCCUUUACCCACUCCCAAACUCUCUUUUUCUCCAUGUGGCCCCCAGUGCCUGACAUGCUAGUCUGUUUUCAAGAAAUAUCUGUUGAAUGAAUGGAUAAAUAGAUACUCUAGUAGGGGACAUAAGAAAUACAAAAGUAACAUCAUAAAUAAUGAAAUAAUCAUUGACCUUUUUGGUAUUUUACCAAGCACUGUGUUUUAUGUAUACUAUCUCCAAUCUUCAAAACAAUUAUGAGAGAGAGAGUAUUACUUUUAUAUUUUUCCAAAAAAAAAGGAGGCUCCCGAGCGUUGGUAUUUUCCCAAGGCCACCCACCUUGUGAGCAAAGGACCUGGUAUCCAUCCUCAGACAGGUCUGACUCUCAAGCCAGCAGUGGUCCUUUCCUCUUGACCAUGAUGUCUCAUACACGUAAACAACUAUAAUACAAGCCAGAAAGAGAUAAGCUCCGUGAGAGGUACAGAUAAACUAUCACGGGAAUUCAGAGAAGGAAGACGUGGCCUCUGGGUGAGGGCAACAAGAAAGGAUUGUAACAAGGUGGUUUUGCUUUUCGGGACCUCGGCCCCUGAAGACUCAAGGGAGGGAGGGAGGAGGAUUUGGACAGUUGGAGGUGGAAUGUGAAAUCCUGGAGUGUGCUGAAGGAAAAUACCAGAAGGCUACUGUGUGUGUGUGUGUGUGUGUGUGUGUGUCUGUGUGUGUCUGUGUGUGUAUUACAGCAGAGAGUAAAAAGGUGAGAAUGACAAUAUGAGUUUAAAUUCUAUUCUGAGAAAGCUUGUAAGUAGCUGUAGGAGGGCAUAUUCCUUCUUUUAUCCAGUUCUACCUUCGAUUCUUCUUUCAAGGCAAAUGUACACAUCUGUAUCUAUUAGAGUAAGAGCUUCAUAUAAACCUCUAUGAUCCCCCAUUUCUGUUUAAGCAGACCUUGCUAUUUAGCUACCAAAAAAAAUGUAUUUUCCUACUGAGUCACAUUUCAAUGUCAGAUGUGGGCUAAAUGUUCCCAGGCCUAUCUAGCCUCGGGGGGUUACAUGUGACCACUUUACCACUUAAAUCCUAAUCUUCGUGAUCCAGUGUCUCCGUCUAUUCUAGUAGGAUUUAUGUCGCCUGCAAAGUCUCUGCCCAGAUUUUCCUUGAGUCCUCAGGAAGGCACAUCAGCUGUGUUCACACAAGUCCUCCUUGCUUGGUACCGCUUUGCCUUCUCUCUGCUGCUGGAUGCUGAAGUCUCCACAGGCUCUUCGACUCUGUGUUUUGGACCAAGUUUCCUGCUUAGGACUCCAAACCCAGAGUUCCUAGUUUCCAAAUUGGCUGCAUUCCUUUCAGUCCUCCUGGCAGUGGAGCCUCCCAGGACAGGGACAAAGGCCUCCUCUCUUCUGAGGGCUAAGACCUGUGGGGGCGGGCUGGGAAUCAGAAUCGAAAGCACAGUGAAAGGACCGGCAUCAUAAUAGAUUCCAUUUAGAUUGAUACCAAUAUGUUGUUAUGGAACUGAAUGUGAAAGUUAUCAACCCUGAUGAUGUCAAGGUGAUAGUGAUAGUAUAAUGAAAUGGAGGUCAUGUAUAUCACUGAUUUCCUGAUCUUUCAGGUGAAGAUAGAAAAUUUAUAAUUUAUAGCUGAUAAAGCAAAUGGUAGAAGUAAUAGUAUAUUUAAAGUAAAAGUAUAAACAUAAAAUUGGAGGAAGCGACUAUAAUAAUUGUGAUCUACUGGUUGCCUUUAUAACUACAACCAUAUCACAGUUUAACAUGACAAAGAGGGCAAUUAGGAAUGAGGAUCUAACAGUUUGGAGUCUACAAAAGCCUAAGAAGACAGUAUCAACAUGCACAAAGAAAAACAGGCAGAUAUACUUUAUAGGAAGAGACUUUUCUGCGUUCUUUUAGUCCAUGGUACAUCAAGUGAAUAUAAAGUAAUAAAGGCAGUAGAAGAUAUAAAUAACAAAAUUAACAAGAGAAAGUCAAUCGAUAUAUAUUAUACACUGUCCCAUGAAUACAAAGCAUACAUUUUCCCCCAAGUGGCCAUGGAAUGUUCACCGAAAAAUAACUAUAUAUUAGGACACAGAGAAAACUAAGUGAAGUCUGAAAAGUAACAUCUGUACAAAACUCAUGUCCUGAUUGUAAUGGAAAAAAAAAAUUCGAAGAAAAAACCCAAACAAUAAAAGGACGACUCACCUGGAAAAUUUUUUUUAAAGGUUUCUUAGGUAACCCUUGAGUCAAAGAGGAAUACAAAACCAAAAUUACAGAAUAUUUUACCCUGCCUUGACCUCUCUAUGUGGCCCUGUGAGGUCUGCUGUGUACUUCCUGCAGGACCUAUGAGUAAUAAACAUCUCUAUUUCAAUUUCUCCUGGUCUUCUGUUGAAUUGUGGCUCACCAUCCAGCACCCUGGGGCUCUAGUUCA